UGUACUUUUACUCAUCAUGCCCUCAGUUUUCUAAAAUCCCGGAUCAUGACCUGCACAUUAGCCCGAGUUGGAACCAGUGAGCCAUUAGUACACUUCUUUGUGACCUUGUAGAUGCUUGUUGUCUCUUUCUCCUGAUAAUAGUGAUGAUGGACGAUAAAUUAGGACGAUCAAAGGGGCUGCUUGGCACCGUGUCAUUACUCCGACUCCUGCUCUCCAGGGCCCCCGGCGCUCUGCAUACCUCUCUGGGCAUGGUCGGGGAGGCGCUCCGGUGGCCCUGACUGGAUAUGCAUUGCAACAGGCAUGGAGGCACCUCUGGGCUCCAUCGAAAACCCGAUCAAGUUUCAGAAUCAGGACUUCAAGACUCUCCUGGAAGAGUGUCUGAAGUCCGGUAAGCUGUUUUUUGAUCCGACCUUUCCAGCUGAGCAGAAGUCUAUCAGUAUGCCGGAGGAUCCGGAUCCCAAAAAGGCGAUCAAGUGGCAGCGACCCAAGGAAAUCAGUAAGAACGCUGUGUUUGUGGAGGACACGACAGGCACCACUGACAUCUGCCAGGGCCAGCUGGGUAACUGCUGGCUGCUGGCGGCCCUGUCCUGUCUGACCAUGCAUCCCAAACUCUUUGCCAAGGUGGUGCCGCCCAAACAAAGCCUGUCUGAGCCGUAUGCAGGGAUCUUCUAUUUUAAGUUCUGGCAGUAUGGUGAGUGGGUGGAGGUGGUUGUGGAUGACAGGCUGCCAGUACGCGAAGGCCGUCUGCUCUUCAGCUACUCUCACACCCGCAACGAGUACUGGAGCGCCCUGGUGGAGAAGGCCUACGCCAAGUUAAUUGGAUCCUACGGAAGCCUGAAGGGGGGUAACAUUUCAGAGGGGAUGGAGGAUUUCACAGGAGGCAUUGCGUACUCGUUGCCUGUCUCUUCCCGUACCCCCCGAGUCCUCUGGAGGUCUUUGACAGCUGCUCUGUCUCGAGGCAGCCUGCUCAGCUGCUUCAUCCAGGCCAGCAGCUACCGUGAUAUCGGUAAAGUGACCGGAAACGGGCUGAUAAAGGGUCAUGCUUAUGCCAUCACUGACACUGACAAGGUGACGAAAGCAUCAGAGGAGAUUUUGUUGCUGAGGCUGAGGAAUCCUUGGGGCUUUGUCGAAUAUCGUGGACCCUGGAGUGACAAGGGUAAAGAGUGGGACAGUGUGGACAAAAAGGAGAAGGAACGGAUUGAGCUGAAAAAAAGAGAAGAUGGAGAGUUCUGGAUCAGUGCUCAGGACUUCUGCAGCCUGUACAACAUUGUGGAGCUUUGCAGUGUGAAUCCCGACACCCUUGUGGAGGAAAACACACCUGCCUCUCCAACCUCUCCUGCCGCCCCGUCUACCUGGACCAUCAGUGAACAUGAAGGAGUCUGGGUACCAGGGAACUCCGCCGGUGGCAGCCGCAAAUACAAACAAUCAUUUUGGAAGAACCCCCAGUUUCAGUUGGUUCUCAAAGAGCAGGACCAGACAGGUGAGGAUGAUGAGGAUGAUGAGGAUGAUGAGGACGACAAGGACGAUGAGGAUGAAGAGGAGAUGACCCCAGAGGAGAAGAAGAGAGAAGAGAAACAGAAGAAGAAAGCCAAACAGUGCACAGUGCUGGUGGAGCUGCUGCAGAAAGACCGCAGGAAGAAGGAUAAACUCAACUUCCUCUACAUCGCUUUCCACAUCUACAGGGUUCCUCCUGAGCUCAAAGGUCUGUGUCUGGACCGCAGCUUCUUCAUGAAGAACCGCCCUGUGGGUCGCUCUGGGAAAUAUAAGGCUCAAAGGGGUGUGUGGAGAAAGGUGCAUCUGGACCCGGGUAACUAUGUCAUGGUGGCGUCCACCUAUCGACCCAACCAGCCUGGAGAUUUCUUUAUUCGCAUCUUCUCCAAGACUGGAAACACUUUGGGGACUCAGGACUUCACCUGCUCAUCUGGCUUCCUCACGGUUAUGGCAACUCCCGUGUCCCCGGAGGACCAAGUUAGAGUCGAGAAGACUUUUGAAGAGGUGGCCGGCCCAGAUUGCAAGGUGAAUGCCAAGGAGCUCAUGAAGCUGUUCAACUCAGCUCUUGACAAAGAUUACCAUCUGCCACUGGAGACAUGCAGACAGCUCAUCUUUGGAGAGGAUACUAACAGGCGCUCAAGACUUAGCCGUAAACAAACGGAAACCCUGCUGUCCAGUCUGCGCAAUCUGCAGUCCAUCUUUUCCAAGUUUGAUACUGACUCUUCUGGGACAAUGAGCCCCUUUGAACUCAGCACAGCACUGCAGGCUGUUGGAAUGCAGUGUGAUGGCAAGGUGGUUCGGCUGCUGUCUGAGCGGUUUGCAUCUGGAGAGCUUAUCAUGCCCUUCCAUGGCUUUGUGACAUGUGUCAUCAGGCUGCGCAAGCUUUUCGCUCUGUACGAAUCAGAAACCAGUCAAGAGGUGAAAGACAGAGGGAUCAAUGCUUGGCUGCUUCAGUUUCUGAUCUUGUGAAGAGGGACUCCACGUGGACUCAGCAGACCACCGUAUGCUGUCAUUUCUAAAACACACAUGCAGCAUACGUAUAUAUCCUGUAAACUGUUUUCAAUGAGAUGUCAGUUUAUACUCUGCUCUGCCAUCGUUUUAUUCUAUCUUUGUCUCAUACUUUUCGUAUACUACUGGUGUAGCCUUAAUGUGACGUGAGAGUAUGUAGCACAAUCAUUUAAACAUUAUAUAAUACUAUUAUAUUACUCCAUACACUAAUAAAAUUAACUUCAUAUUCCAUCCUUUGUGAGUUUAAAUUGUUCUUAUUCUUUUUGUCAUUUUAAAGCAUUAAUCUAAAGUCCACAUCAUCACUCAAAGUAAUAACGAUAUUCUCUAGCUUCUGUUUAAUAAUUGUCUGAUGAUAAAAGAAAAUUAGUUUGGGAUGAGAAAAUAAAAAUGUGUGUCUGAAAAUUAAACAGGAGCGGAAAUGGUACACAUUGCUGUAAUUG